AUGGUCCCGCUGCGGCUGCCGGCGAAUGCGACGGGGGAGGCAGACACGGUAUCCUACGUCCUCAGGAUAGAGGGGAGGCCGUACACCGUUCACCUGCGGCAGCACGUCUUUUUAUCUGAAGAUUUCAGGAUUUACAUGUCUGAUGAGAAAGGAUCUUUGCGCUCUGAUUUAACCCCUAUCAAGGGAGGCUGCCACUACCGGGGGUACGUCGAGGGCUUCCCCAGCUCGGCAGUGACCCUCAGCACCUGCUCGGGGCUCAGGGGCUUGCUGCAGUUUGAGAAUGUGAGCUAUGGGCCACUAUCAGCUGCAGCCCGAUCUCCCAAAUACUUGAAAGUGUACGUAGUUUUGGACAAGGCUUUGUACAACUAUAUGGGUUCAGAUACAAAUGCUGCAACACAGAAGAUAAUCCAGGUCUUCAAUUUAGUCAACAAUAUGUUUAAUCCUCUUAAUGUUACCAUUGUGCUGUCCUCCCUGGAGCUGUGGACAGAGGAGAAUAAAAUAUCGACAGCAGGGGAAGCAGAUGACCUUCUACAGCAAUUUUUACAGUGGAAACAGUCACAUCUCGCUCUGGGAUCGUAUGAUAUAGCUUAUCUAUUACUGUACAGGGACCAAGCAGCGUUCGUGGGUGCAACGGCUCCGGGAAAGGUGUGUCAGAGAGACGCUGCUGGCGCAGUGGCUGUGUACCAAGGGGCCGUGACGCCGGAGUCCUUCUCCGUUCUCCUGGCGCAGCUGCUGGGACGCAGCCUGGGCAUAAGCUACGACGACUCCCGAGACUGCCGCUGCCCCGGGCGCGUCUGCCUCAUGAGCCCGGAGGCACUACAUGUCAGCGGGGCGAAAGCCUUUAGCAGCUGCAGCAUCGGGGACUUUAAAACCUUCCUGAAGCAGAACAGGGACUGCCCUUUCAUCAGACAUGCUCUGCAUCAGCCUUCCUAUCGUGCGGCUGUCUGCGGCAACGGUGUCAUUGAGCCCGGCGAGCAGUGUGACUGCGGGGCGGCGGAGGCCUGUGCGUUAGACAAAUGCUGUACUCCCCAGUGUAACUUCAAACCAGGAGUGAAGUGCUCCUUGGGAUUGUGCUGUGAAAAGUGCCAGUUCAAGCAGAAAAACUUGCUGUGCCGCCCCGCCGCCGACGCGCAGUGCGACCUGGCUGAGUUCUGCAACGGGUCCUCCGCAUCCUGCCCCCCCGACCUGUACGUGCAGGACGGGCACGGCUGUGAGCACGGCACCGGCUACUGCUACAAGGGACGCUGCCAGUCUCCGGACCUGCAGUGCCGGCGGCUCUACGGGAGAGGUUCAAAAAAUGCUCCUGUGGCUUGUUACGAGGAGCUCAAUAGUCAGCGGGACAGAUUUGGACACUGUGGGUUCCAGCCCAGACAAGGCUAUAAGUCCUGUGCUUGGAGGAAUCUCAGAUGUGGAAAGUUAAUCUGCACAUACCCGUACAGCACUCCAUUUCCAUCAGAAGCUGCUGCUGUUCUUUACGUCCAAGUGCGCGAGCAUUUAUGUAUAUCUUUGGAUUAUUUGAAUGCACCAGCAAGGCUGGAUCCUCUUCUGGUUCCGCCAGGUACAAAGUGUGGUUCCGGAAAGGUGUGUAUAAACAACACUUGUCACCCACAUUCGGUCCUGGGAUAUGACUGUGACAGCAAAGUGAAGUGCCACGGCCAUGGCGUGUGCAAUAAUAAGAGACAUUGCCACUGCCACCCUGGCUGGAAGCCCCCCGACUGCCUACAGAAGGGAUCCGGACUGGGGGGAAGCGUCGAUAGUGGCCUCCAGCUGAUGGAUGGUGGCCUCCCAAUGCAGCGGGCGCUGGAGGACAUGACGCUGGCCUGGCCGGUGCUGGGCUCCUGCCUCCUCCUGCUCCUCCUGACCGGGGCCGUCUGCCUCGUCCUCCGGCGGCGGGCGCAGCCCCCAAACACGGAGGGCCCCGCCGCCGAGGAGGGCAGCGACGGCCGGGAGACGGACGUGGACACGGAGCCGGGGCCGGGGCCGGGUGGCGGGCUCUAA